AUGGAAGCAACCGUGGAGUUGGAAGAAGUGCCCGCCAAACCACUGGCGAAGGGCGCAGAGACUCUUUUGGCGAAACACCUUCAUGGAAGGAAACAAGAGUGGGAUGCAAUUACGGCGCACAAAGAGCCCUUGCGCCUGCUGGACUUGCCCGUCGAUAUCCUACAGACCAUUCUUCGAGAGUUGACGCACACAAAUGACCUGACAUCCCUCGCUUUGACCCAUUCAGCGCUCCACGCCCUGGUUAUUCCUCACAUCUAUGCCCGCUUCGAUAUUGUCUGGCCGGACGCGAAUGCCACCUUUGAGAACCGCAUGGGUGUCGAUGCGCUAACCUACGGACUGGCAACUCUGGUUAUGGCUCAGGACGUGUUUGGUGAAGCCCCCUACCAGCAGCAGAUUCAACAUCAAUGUCAGAACUGCGGUCACCAAAACCGGGCAGCCCAAACAGCCUUGGAACGGCCCAAAAAGAUUCGCCGUGGCAAUCAUUUCGCUCAGUACACCCGGAAAUUCAGUCUAGGCAAUGGACCAGCGGAGUGGGUGCAGGAAUACCUCAUCACGAAAGAGGGAGGGAAGAUGCUAGGGACGUUGGUUGCACUGGCAGUGGGCAGGAUGCGAAACCUGGAAGCUUUCAUUUGGGACAUGCCCACGGGUGUUCUUCGCGAUGUGUGGAUGGCUCUAGCUUCGCUCGGUAACCGCGAUGACGGACGAGAAUGCCGGCUUGAACGAGUCUGGGUUCGCUGGCAUGACAAUCAGGACCAAGGCCCCCUGGCUUCUCCUCCACCACCAGGAUCUAUCCCAGGGCCACAGGCUUCUAACUUGCCAGCGAUUUUGGCGGGAUCUGCCGACUCCCUUUUUCAAAUUCCACCAUAUCCUCGUGUCGAGUUUCCGACGUUUUCGAUUCUGCCACCUCUCAAGAGUCUAAGUGUGCUUGAUAUUGACGAACUACCCUAUGCAGAGGAAAUGAGCGUUCUCAUUGAGAGAUCCUUGGGGAGACUUCAGGAGCUCCGUGUCGGCAUAGCUUCACACGCCCAGUUCGACAUAUGGGCAAGACCUUCCGAAGACCGAACUUCUAUUCUGCCUCCCCUUAUGCCAGGGAUUGGUGACCAGACACCGCGACCGGGAGGUAUUCUCGGCAUCCUAGUGCAUCGAUUCUGCGAUACCUUCUCUCAUUAUGCACAGAAUCCAAAGCCAUCCUCUAUAGACCCGCAACAGGGCCCGGCCCAAAAUGCUGCGAUUGUGGACACUUCUCGAGAACCGGAGCGGGAGGAAGAUCACGAAGGUGUAGUCAGCACUUCCGAGGUGAAUGAGUUGGGCGCCCUUUUGUCGGCCCAGAGUAUCCAGGACGACCACUCUGAGGCGGUUUCUGCCUCAGCGACGAAGCAACGAUCAAUCGAAGACGCCGCUUCCGUUCCACACGCCACCCAGACUCACAACACGAACGACACAUUUCAAGAUUCUCCUCGAGAAGGUCGCCCAGUGCGAAAAUUGCAGCUGGAAACGCUCGAGCUAGAACGGGUCUACUUGUCAAUUCCGGUGCUUUCAAAAGCGGUCGAUUGGUCUCGACUGACGACCUUGACUCUUUUAGGCUGUCGAAAUCACGAUCAGCUGUGGAAAGCGCUACGGAAACGGUUUACUCCCACGAACCGGAGGAGGGUGUCAACGACGCCGUUCAGGAUCUCAGCAAAUGGAAUGUCGAGCAUGCUACUUCGAUCACAGACCAGCACUCCUCCGCCUCCUGCCCCCGCUUCGUCGGAUUAUCCCCUGAGAUUGAGGCGACUGCACACCGACAUGGUGUCUCCAGCAUUGAUUGCAUUUAUCAAGGACACGCUUGCGCCGGACAGUCUGGAAUGGCUUUUCCUUCAGGAGAACACGGCGUACAAGUCGCCGGUGUCGAUUGACAUGAUUUACAAAAGCGCCAUCCGACGGCAUCGUUCUAGUCUGACCAAGCUACUGAUCGACAGCACACUUCGAACCGAAGACCCAGAUCGUCCUAAUACCAAUUGGCGGAGAUGGGUGUGCAACCGGGAACUCAUCACUUGCAUCACCAGCGGCAAAAUGAAACUACGAGAGUUGAGCAUGUCGAUCGACUACAAGGAUUGGCACUAUUUCCUCCGGCGCCUGCCUAACGCGACGACGCUGCGGUCGUUGCACAUUCCACAUAUAGCCGAACACGUCAAUGGCACGGUUCAUUCUCGCGAAGCGGCAUUGCAAGUCCUUGAUAUUGUGGCUCUGAGGCCAGAGCUAGAGUUGUGCUACCUCGGGAUUCAGAGUCAGUGUUUCGAGAUCUUGGAGUAUGCGAGUCCGCGAAAAGGAUCCAGCUCAGGCAUGAGCGGUGUGGAUCAUCCUGGAGACGACAUGGGACCAGAUGGUGACAUGAUGGCGACUCACGGCAAUGCGGCUCCGACUCCGCACGACCAUGACUCUCAUGAUGAGGAAGCUGGCGAGAAUGGCGAAGGCGGGGGAGCGAACGAUGAUAGCGACUUUGACGCGAUUUCAGACGAUGGGAACGGUCUGACGGAUGACGAGGACGGGAGUGACGAUGGGGGAGAAGGCGGUGGUCCUGGUGGAGCGAAACCGACGUGGAGGCUUAGGGAGAUUCUGUUCUACGACGACAAGAUUUCCAUCUUCAAGGCGAGGCAUGGACGGUUAUAA